CGACUUGCACCUUGUCCUGUACCACCAACUUGCCAUGGCUUCCGUGCAGCGGACCCCUCAAGGCCCUACGGUAUGGCAGAAGCGUACGAUGGGAGCUAUGAUGGGUGCAGGUGUUGGCCUGACCAUUGGCUUCAUUUUUGGUGGCUAUAGCAUUAUCAGAGGAGGAGCGGGCCCUCGAGGAGUAUUGCCCACCCUCUCUCAGUACAUGCUGAGCAGCGCAGCGACCUUUUCCUUUUUCCUCGCCAUUGGAUCUGUCAUUCGAAACGAUGCUCCCCUCCCGCCUCAUCUCGAGGCCGCGCGGCUACAGCUAACGCCACCAAUAAUUCGCAGCAGAUCAGAUGGGCUCUCCAUAAUGAGAAAACAUUGGGAGAUUGAGAGAAAACAUGAGUAA